AUGGAGACCUGCAGUCAAUCCAGCAGUCAACAGAUUCUGUGGAAAGAUAUUGAGGCAGUGAAAGAGAAGAAGGCCAAGCACCAUAUCUACCAGCGAGUGGCUCUCUCUCUGGUUCUGGUCUUCCUUGUUCUGGCUCUCUCUGUGUUCAGCCUGCGGUAUCUGUGGAGUCCCAGUCUGGGGAAGGUGUAUGACCAUCAGUACAAAGCCGUGCUGGAUGGCAUCGAGACAGAUAGCGUGUUGGAGAUCGACCCAGGUCAGCGAGUCGAGAUCUUCAGAAUGGGAAACGGGAGCGAAGAAGUCAUUGAGGUGCACGACUUCAAAAAUGGAAUCACUGGGAUCCGCUUUGCCGAACAUCAGAGGUGCUACAUCAGGACCCAAACUAGGAAACUACCCACGGUGGCAGAGGUGGAAGCUGAGGACACCGAGUUGCUGGUGAAUGAGGCCGAGGUUGUGGACAUGAAGGUGGAGGACUCCCAUGUGUGGGUUCUUGAAGAGGAGCCCAUCGUUAACCCGGACUUCCUCCUCGACUCCAAGAUCUGGGAGAUUUGCCAGAAUCUGCCCAUCCACUGGAUCCACCCCUCCCCUCUGAGCGACGUUGAGAUGGAAAAUGUGGACGCGCCCGACGCCGAGGUCACAGGCCGCUUCGCCCGGGACGUCCUGGACCACCCGGCCGUCAACGACUACAGAGAAGUGGGAUUCGAGCUGGAGAACCACCUGGACGACAACGGCUACUGCUGCCAGCACUGUCGCCGUGGUUACCGCUUCUGCCGCCGCUACUUCGAGCCCCUGGGCGGCUUCAACCCGUGGCCGUACUACUACCAAGGGGGUCGGGUCGUCUGUCAGAUCGUCAUGCCGUGCAACUGGUGGAUCGCCCGUAUGCUGGGCAGGGUCUGA